AUGCCUGCUGAGCGCGCUGGGUACACUGUGACGAUGUUCUGCAUCGACGUCUCGCCCUCAAUGGGCAGCCUGCGCUCAGUCGAGGUGUCAGACAGCCAGGACGGCACAACGCGCACAGUCGAGAUGACAAAUCUCGCCUGGGCAAUGCAAUAUGUCCUACUCAAAAUACAAGAGAUGAUAUUUCACGGGCGCAAGACAGAUCAAUGCGGCGUAAUUCUCUUCGGCACAGAAGAAACAAACAACGUCGUUAAUGACUCGAAUGGGGGCUACGAGCACGUCACCGAACUCAUACCCAUCGGUCAGCCGAAUACCGGUACACUCACAAAAUUACAAAACCUUCAGCCGUCUACGGAAAUAGGCGAUCCUAUCGACGCAAUUAUAGUGGCUAUUGAGACUCAAGACCGAUACUUGGCCAAGAAGAAAUCCUGGACUCGGAAAUUAGUUGUGCUCACCGACGGCGAAAACCCUAUUGAAGUCGAGGAUUGGGACGUGACCGUCAAGAAAAUAAACGAUCUUCAGAUAGCCACCACGAUAAUUGGUGUCGAUUUCGAUGACGAAGAAUUCGGCGUCAAGCAAGAAGAUAAAUCACCCAUCAAGCUCGAAAACGAGAGAUUCUUCCACGAAUUCAUCUCAUCCCUACACGACGACCUAGGAAUGAUCGGUACCGCCGCAUACGCCUUACACGAAUGCCAACGACCAGAAGUAAAAGAAACCAAAUCAGCGCUUUUGGGUACUACACUUCGACUUGGAGAUGUUGACACGCGACCGGAGGAGGCGAUUGAGUUACCGAUUAAGAUGAGUAAAUGCACGGCUGCUGUCCACCCUCCGACUUUGAAGAAAUUCGCGAAGCGGGUUGUGUCCGAUACGAGUGACGAGGCUCCCGCUACGCAGAGUCAAAGCCAAAGCCAAAGCCACCAUCAAAGUCAAGCCCAGAGUCAGAAUCAGGCAAUGGAUGUGAAUGGUGAACAAAAGAAAGACGUCUACGUCCAGCUAAACAUGCAAACCGAGUAUCUCGUAAACGUAAAGAACGAAGAGGGCGACGACCAAGACCGAAAAGAAGACGAGAAAAAUAAAAUGCAAACCGACGAAGUUGACGAGGAGGAAGGCGUACCAGAGAAAGUCGACAAAGAUCAACUUAUUAAGGGAUUCAAGUACGGUGCUUCGUACGCUCCUUGUCCAGACGGUCAGUUCCCGCGUCUUAGUACUCGUAAAGGUAUGGAUAUAUGCGGGUUCUUCCCUGAUCACUUGUUCCGUCGCGAACUAGCAAUGAGCGAAGUCCAAUACGUCUGGGCGGACCCAUCCUCAUCCCAAACCCAACUAUCCCUCUCCUCAAUCGUCCAAGCCAUGCUCUCCCGCCACGUAGUCGCCAUCGCCCGAUACGUCUCCCGAGACGACAUGGACCCAAAAAUGGGGCUACUCAUCCCACGUCAACUCGAAAAAGUCGACUGCUUUUUGUGGUUACAGAUGCCUUUCGCGGAUGAUGUGAGGAAGUAUACGUUCCCUUCACUUGAGAAUUUGGUAAGCAAGAAGGGAGAGAGGAUAACGAAGCACCCGUUCCUCCCGACUGAGGAACAGAUGGAAAGUAUGGAGAAGUUUGUGGAUGGGAUGGAUUUGAUGCAUGCGGGUGAUAAAGAUGAAACUGGUGAACGUACCCCCUGGUUUGACCCACGCCUAUCAUACAACCCAGCCGUCCACCGAAUCAAACAAGCGCUCUUCCACGCGGCAGUCGUAUCUGACCUCCGUACGAAUCCUUUACCACCACCUCACGAAGAAGUCAUCAAGUACCUCGAACCUCCUCGACGCGUAUUGAAACGCGCGUUACCUGCACUUGAGGAAUGUAAGCAAGCGUUUAAGGUUCGACAAGUCCCGAAACGAGUCAUGCGAACACGAAAAGACGGACACGUGCGCGCAGGAGACGACGAUGACGAGCUUCUCUUACUCGACCAACCAAAUCCUCGGAUCAAAGUCGAGCAAACAUCUCCUUCAUCGCGGAUCAAAAAAGAAGAUGCAGCAGAGGACGAUGAUAAGAAGCCGGUACUUCAGAAGAAGUCCCCAGUUGGAGAUGCCGAUAAGAUGGACGUGGAUGUCGACGAAGAUAAAGAUAAAGAUGAUGCUAGCGAAAGUGGAAGUGUAACCGAACCUGAAUCCGACGAAGAAAUGGAGGCAGGACCGUCUACUACUACAUUGAAGAGCAAGUCCCCUCACUCUCCUACCCAACUACCUUCACCCGAAGCAACCCCUUCCGUCUCAAUCGGAAGUGGUAACGAUAAUGGUAAAGACACAGACAUAAUCAACCUCGACCUCGGCAAAGAACCAGGCCACCUAAUCGGGCUCGCCCACCCUCUCUCAGACUUCAAGAAAACACUAGACUCUCCACCUGAAGAGAAAACGAAAAUGAAACCAGAAACAGAAGUGAUCGAAGAACUAUAUGAAGUCUUGAAAGAAAUCUUAAGUCGACCAUUCGCAAGACGAAGACAUGGAGAAGUGAUUAUGUGUUUGAAGGAGAUGAGAGCUGUUUGUUUGAAAAAAGGACAUAUUGAUACAUGGAACUCGUACCUAAAAGAUCUCAAAUCCUCCUGUCUCUCCCCCUCAAAAAUCAACAACGAGUCAUUCUGGCGCGAACUCUGCAACGUAGGCACCACGCUAAGUCUGAUCGGUGAGUCUGAGGCAAGGACGAACGGAGGAUGGACAAGUGACGUGAGGGAUGAAGAGGUUGAUAAGGAGUUUGAUAUCCUAGCCUAG